GUCGCCUAUGGGCCAGGCCAUGACAACCCAUUGUGAGGCUAGAAAAUAAAAAGCCCAGAUCAAACAUAAAAACCCAUUUAGCAUUAAAAAAAUUGUUACCUCAAAUUUUGUCCACGACGGCCCGACCCAACCGAGCUGGAAUGCUUGAACCUUUGAAGAUGCAGAGUGAGUGUAAAGGGUUUUGAAAUUCACCGGAGGUUUUGGAGCUCACUUAGAUUUAAGAAUAUUUGUGGACACAAAGGAGACAACUCUGGAAUGAUUGGUUUGUUCCAUACGUGUUGUUCGAAUAUAUUAUCGAGGGGCAGCUUUCUUGUUCGAAAGAGCCCAUCUUGUGGGUACUUAUAUCCCUCUCGGGUGGCGUGCUUCACAAACUCAGGUGGUGGAAAAGUAAACUUGGGGUUGUUUGUGACAAGAUUUCAGUCGAAGUGCUAUUAUUCGAAAAAGGCCUCGACCGGAAGUUCACAUAAGAGGAAAGUCGAGGCGAAACCACUGAUGAAGGACAAGGAGGAAUUCUUUGUUGUUCGCAAAGGCGAUGUUGUAGGUGUCUACAAAAGCUUAAGUGAUUGUCAGGCUCAAGUUGGUACCUCGAUAUCAGAUCCUCCUGUAAGUGUGUUCAAAGGUUGCAACAUGCCAAAGGACACAGAGAAGUAUCUCAUCUCUUGCGGGCUUAAAAAUGCGUUAUACACCAUCAGAGCUUCUGAUCUGACAGAAGGACUAUUUGGGGCUCUUGUGCAGUGUCCUGUACAGAUUUCUUCUUCUACAAGUGAGACUUCCAGCGAGCCCCCUGUGACAAAGAAGAGGUCGCACGAAGCUUUAUUGUCCGAUUAUGGGACAUCAUGUACACUCGAGUUUGAUGGCGCCUCAAAAGGAAAUCCGGGCCAGGCUGGCGCAGGAGCUAUACUGCGUUCGGAUAAUGGAAGUUUGAUUCUUAAAUUGCGAGAAGGCCUAGGUGUAACAACCAAUAAUGUUGCCGAAUAUCGUGCCUUCAUAUUGGGAUUGAAGGGUGCAAUCGGGAGAGGCUUCACGAGCGUUAGAGUCCGGGGUGACUCGAAACUCAUAUGCAUGCAGAUGCAAGGUCAAUGGGGAGCUAAAAACCAAAACAUCUCCACCUUGUUUGAAGAGGCAAAGAAAUUGAGGGAUAAAUUCGCCUCGUUUCAAAUUAUGCACGUUCUAAGGGACUUGAACUCUGAUGCUGAUGCUCAGGCUAACUUGGCUGUCAAACUCGCCGAAGGACAAGUUCAGGAGGAGGUUGAUGAAUAGCUUUUUUCUUGAGGAGGUCAAAGUCAACCUGAACAAAGGCUUUUGACUUUCGGCUUUUGAUAAAGUCAAACGGCCGGUAUCUCUACGCGUACGGAUACAAGUGAGUGAAAGAAUUUUUUUUUGUAGUUGAUAUUUUUGUUCUUUUGGGGAUUCAUUUGCCUGUGAACAGCCUUCAUUUGCUGGUGUCUUUGAUGUUAUU